AAGGCGGGAAGGCUCGCAUCCCCGGCAUAGCCCAAGCUUAGACACCGAGUUAAUGACUUCACACGGUCGGGCAGGCCAGGGUUUUUUCUCCGCUGCCGCUUUCGGCAACCCUCGCUUCCAGGAUUCCGCUGGAUUUUGUUCGGUGCUGCUGCCCCCUCGCGGCGCGUUUAUGGCGUUAACCUUUCCCAAGCGGCCGUUGCUCCAGGCGACGCAGCCGCGGCUCCCUUCCUUUUAAUUGCUAUAUGCGCAUGCGCACCUGUUCGCUAUAAGCGCGUGCAGAGAGCGUCGUCGUCGUGUGAAGGACCCGCGCUUUUGCUGCCAAGGAGCACGGCAGGGAAUUCGUCGUCGCUGCUUUGCGUGGCCGUUGGGAGGACGAUCCUUAACGCUUGGGGAGAAGGUUACCCCCCCCCCGGAGAAACCUAGGGGGAGCGUUUUUCUAUAAAUUUUUAUUGUUAUAAUUUAUUAAGUUUAUAUAAUGUGGAUAUAAAUGACUGUUAGCGGCUGCAGCUUGCAAUUGCUCUCCAAUGCACAGCUGCCAGAGGAAGGCAGGGAACUGUAGCAACUUUAUUGUCCUGCUCUGUUUUUUGGUGACGGAGUGUGAGGAGAAGUGCUUGGGACAAAGCCAUGUCUUUUGGGGCGUCCAUUUCACAUCUUGUGUGAAGCUGUUUUAGGAGUUGGGAAAAUACUUUACCAUCGACUUCAGUGGGCCUUGCAUUUCCUCCUCAAAAUUGAAAUUAUUUGCUGCAGGAGAAGGUCUUCUAACUGGAGACUGAGCCCCUAUUGAAAAUACAAGAACUUGAAACUCUGAGGAAAGGUGCAGUCUUUCACAGGUCUGCUCAGAAGUAAAUCCCAUUGUGUUUAAUGGGCAUUCAUUCCACAAAAGUACAUAGGAUGGUAGGCUCAGCAACUCUCCCAUACAACCUCUGCCUCUCCUCAUUGGGAAGGAAAUGCUGUUAUUAACGCUUACCUGGGUUUAUUAACACUUACCUGGGUUGAAGGGAAAGGGCACUUUCCACAUUUUGCAAUAAGCAACAAAACAGUGAUUUUAAAGUAGGUUUUAACUGUGGCACCUAGUUCAGUGGAGACUUUCACUGUUUAUUACUUUUUCUCCCUUUAAAUACAUUAAGUAUGGUUCAAUUUAUUUUCAUAUCAACUAGGGCUUGUUACUUGGCAAAAAUAAAGCCAUUGAUUUAAAAUUUUCUUCAUAACUUUUUAACAGUGGUUAGAACCUGAAUAUUUGCGAAAGCAAUAUGUUUAGAUAGACACACCUCCCUCUGUUCUUUGUAGUGGCUCCAAAGAAUGUUAAUUUAUUUAUGUAGUCCAUAAGACUUUACACUGCUUGAUUGUAAUAAAAAAAAUCACAAAGAUAAAUCAAUAAAAUAAAAAUACAAUAGUAUUUUAAAACACUGUAUACAAAAGUUAAGAUACUAAACAGAUUAUGUAGAUAAUGGUGAUCUAGUAGACAUGCCACUUUGAUUUAGUACCCACCUUCCCAGCCUCAAACUGAUUUUUCAAGCCACCUUGGGUUGGUCUGAUAUUUGUCCUGAUCUUUAUGCUAACCCUUUUUUAUUUCUCCAGACAAUUUUUCAUGUGACUGAUAUGUUUGGUUUAGAAACUUUGAAAGAUUAAGUGAACAAAUAAGUUACUGCGCAGCUGAAAAUCAGAUUUUACCCUAGCACAAAACACAGGCAUAUUUGGGUGUUUAAAUAUUCCCAUUGAUUUUCCAUUUCCACUUCCUAUUUGUACAGCACUUCACAAAAGAAAUGCAAAAGGCUAAGAGUAGGCAGACAAUGCCAUAGAAAUAGACCGUAUCAUACACGUUUCAGGCAGCAUUUAUCACUUCAAAGCAAUUCCACUUCAUAUCCAUUUCAGGACUAGUGUAUGGGUUGUGGUUACACUAUGUUUACACUAAGGGAGGUUAUGUCAAUAUGGUUAUAAAGUAGUCUCCUUUAAGUGGCUUGCUGAUUUGAACUUCAAGCACUUUAAGAGUAUGAGAGGAGUGCAGGGCAAUGUUAACCACACACCUGGCACUAGUUUUGUAAUUAUGUAAGCAAAAAGGUUUUUGAGUGACACAGGCAGGUGGGCAUGAAUGGAAUGAUUUGCUUCUGUGGCAAAGCUUGUCUGUCUUGUUAGCCUCUUAUGCAUCCUGUAAUAAGUUGUUUGUACAUUGGUACACACUCUCUCUGUAUAUGUGUGUGUGUGUGUGUGUGUGUGUGUGUGUGUGUGUAGAUAGAAUAUCUAUCUUCUAUCUACAUAAAGAUCCUUAGGUCUGUCUGACAGAUGUGUCAGAAUCACUGAAGUAUUUCCAGAACACCCAGAAAUCUGAAAUUGGGAAAAGAUGCACACCAACAUUUCUUAAAUAUUAAUAAGGUCUGAAAACACGGUGCUUUAAUUUAUCAAUAUCAAAAUAGAAUAUGAAGUGUGAUGGCAACACAUUGCAAGCCAGGGUGCAAAUGAAGCAGUAUGUUGGGCUAGACUUAGGUAAGGUAAUAAUGGGUCAAGUCACAUUUCUGUGGGAGUUCACCAGUCCCUGUUGUAAUACUUGGAGGAGAAGGGUAACUUCUCUGGCAGUAAUAGCCAAUUUGCCUUCCAGAAGAUAUAGACUCCAACAGGCUUUGGAAUGUACAGCCCUCCAGAUGCUAGACUGCAACUCAGUGGUCAGGGAUGGUGGGAAUUGUAGGCCACAACAUCUGUAGGGUGUAUAAAUUUGGCCACCCCUGUGAUAGCACUGGCUAAAAGAUAAUAAAAACAAUAAAAAAUAAUUGCAAAACCCCCUGUAACAUGUAAACAUUCUGUACAAUUUAUGACUCUUCCAUCUUUUCCUGCCAGUAUAAUAAAUGUAAUCCCAACACACAUUUUGUCUGUUGGUACUACCGGUAUCAAUACAUGUAUUUUGUUAACUGUUCAUUGAAGAUGUCAAAGGUCUGUGCCAUUUUUGGAGGAUCUCGGGGAAUUGGCCAUGCUGUUGCACAACUGCUAGCACAGAAAGGAUAUUGCCUGGCCAUUAUUGCCAGAAAUCUGGAUAGAGCUCAAACUACUGCAAAGAACUUGGGAGCAGAUCAUCUAGCAUUUAGAUGUGAUGUUUCCAAAGAAGAAGACAUCCAAAAUGUGUUUAAAGAAAUGGAGACGAGUUUAGGUCAAAUAAACUAUCUGGUUAAUGCUGCAGGUAUCAACAGAGAUGGCUUGUUGUUGCGAACCAAGGCUGAUGAUAUGCUAGCCCAGCUUCAGACCAAUCUUUUGGGGACAAUGUUGACAUGCAAAGCUGCUGUGAAGGGUAUGAUUCAGCAGCAAGGUGGAGCUAUUGUUAACAUAGGAAGUAUCGUUGGGCUGAAGGGCAAUUCUGGUCAGAGUGUAUACAGUGCCAGCAAGGCAGGAUUAGUUGGAUUUUCACGCUCUCUUGCUAAAGAAAUAGCAAGAAAGAACAUUCGAGUCAACAUGGUUGCUCCAGGCUUUAUUCACACAGAUAUGACAACACACUUGAAAGAAGAGCAGUUGAAGAAAACUAUUCCCCUUGGACGAUUUGGGGAGCCUCAUGAAGUUGCCGAAGCUGUUGCGUUUCUUCUGGAGUCUCCGUAUGUAACAGGCCAAGUUCUAGUUAUUGAUGGAGGUUUGCAACUUUUGUUUUAAAAGCCAUGAUAGCAUAGUUAAUAAGUGUGGGGAAACUUAUUCAGCAGUUGAAAGUCCCAAGAAGUGGAUUGAGGUUAUACUACUUUUGUUAGUAUUUUAAAUUAAAGUAGUAUAAAUUUGUAGUUAGUCUGACAAACUUCAAAUCAUAUGCUUACUUGUCUGUUUGCCUCAGAUAAAUAAGCAAAUUCUGAUGUGUGACACCAGAUAUUUUUUUUGGGGGGGGGUAGAUGAUUCAGGGUCCCAUUUUUGUUUUUUGUGUAUAUAUUGAAAUUAAAUGAUCUGUGGUUGUUGUUUUUAAAAUAAGUGCUACAUGUUACCAAAUAUACUAAUUGUGGCAUAUACCUUGCUUCAUCAGAUUUGUUCUUUCAGUAUAGAAAGCUUAAUGCGGCUAUCCUUCCAAAAGUUGGUCUAUUUUUAGUUCAUUCUGUAAGUAAAGUAUGAUCUUUUUCAUAGUUUAUGUUGGAAAACUUUGGUGUUCUACUUGGAGAGGCAAAGGAAACUGAUGAUAAACUGCUUAGGAAUGUUGAAUGCUUGUAUAGGGCACACUCCAUGCAUAUUUAUUUUGUUUCUCCUAUGAAGUGGUUGCUAACAAAGAAUACAAUGAACUUCAUAACCUUAGGUUUCUUAAAUAAAACACUAAUUUUCAAAGGUUUUUUUAUUCAUUCAAAGUACUUGAAAUAGUGAUAAAUUAUUAUUUAGAUGUGACAUUUUCUGGCCGUCUCCUACUUGAAGCAUAAAUAUUUGUUUUUUUAUCACUUUAGAAAGGGCUACACACACACACACACACACACACACACACACACACACAUCACUUCAUACAUUAAAAGCUAUCUAUAUAUUCUUAUUCUGGAUGCUUUAUGGCUCUUUGGCACCAAUAUAACUCUUUCUCACAAUCAAAUAUUUUGUGUCUACUACAGUAUCUGAAUAACAGAAAUGUUCAACCGUAUGCUAUAUUGUUACGUGCCACCCUUAACUCCGAGCAUUGUGAUAUUCUGGGGGGUUGUAGGUGCGCUUUAACGCUGGUGUUUCUUUUUCCUGUGGGACAAUAAGGCACAGUGGAAACUAGUGUCUUUAUGAUAUAUGGUUUAUUUGCACGUAAAUACAACCUGCAGCCUAGAUGGAGGGGCUGACAGUAUUGGCACCCCAAAAGGUCAUUGCUUCUUCCAUAGCCUUGCACUCAAAUGGACAGCAACUGUCAUGCUUUUCCUCCUCUCUAGCUUAUGUCCUUGCUAACUCCUAACUUCCCUUUUAUACUCUAACCCAGGGGUGUCAAACUCAAAUUCAUCGGGGGCCGCAUCAGCAGUUUGGUCACCCUCAAAGGGCCGGUUGUAUCUGUAGGACUAUGUGUCCACUCUUUAUUAUCAUAAAUUAUUGUCACUGCAUUCAAUUAUUACUGUUUUUUGUAAUAAUGUAAGUAAUAACUAGCUCUGAAAGCAGAAACAUAGUCAGAAUAGUAGAUAUUCAAAUGUACAAUUAUUGUACAAUUUAUUGAAAAAUGAUUUUUGGUAACUGCACUGGGUGGUGGAGGCUCACUAGGGUUUCAUGCAGGAGCUUUGCAGAGCUACUGGUACCUGGAGAUGCUGGGGUCCUUCUGCAUGCAGGACAGAUGUUCUGCCAGUGAGCCAUCACCCUUCACCAAAGGGACUGGCUGAGGUUGACUCACUGGAGCUGCUCUCCUGGUUCCAGGGUUUAAGGGCCAGAAGUAUAAAGCAGCAUCCUAUGUUUCUGAGGAGAGG